AUGAAGAAUUCGAUGUUGGUGUUGUGUUUGGUGAUGAUGUUAGCCAGUUGGCUGUCGGAAGCAAAGCCUCAAGGAUGCACUAACUGUGGAUCUAGCCAUGGAGAAGUAACUGAGCGGUGCUGCAAUGAUUGUGAACUAUGUCGUGUGAGUUUCAGUAUCGAAAAGCCUACCGAUCCGGAGUGUCCUCGACCGAAGAACUACUCGUACAACGUGCAACACAUCAAUCCCCACUGCCAGGAGGAAAAGUACGAAACAUGGGAUGCACAUGUGGAAAAGCCUAAGGAUCCAGCAUGUCCCAAGAAGCUCAAGCUAUCCGCACGAGUUGAACACAACACGAGAGAUUGCGAAUGUCCUACUUGUUGGUAUGGAAAUUUUUCAAACAUAGUUUAUAAUAAUACAGCUGAUGCAGAACACGACUGCACCAAUAAGAGCAGUCAUCAUACGCUCAAACAGAAUAAGUUUUAUGAAUUUCGCUCCCGUGGAAACUCGAUACGUGAGGAAUUUAUUUUUGAUCAUUGUUUUCCUCGAAAACGACACAAAAGAUUAUCACUAAGCUCAACACCAAUCAAUUGCAAUGAUUUGGUUAAGCAGGGCUACAUUUGCCGUUGUGUUCCAGACGACGGGACGGGCUGUAUCAAUAAAAGUCAAGAUGGGGAACCAAUGGUGGGUUCAAUAUUCAACCCGACCUUCAAAGAACCAGAGGUUUACGUUGGCGGGAGUAAACCUCCUUCGUACGAUGUGAUACGUCAGCAUAUAACUCCAAUUCUAGCAGCUCACGAAGGAGUAUCAGCUAUUCAAGAAGCUAAAGAUCUUGCAGAGAUCUACUAUAAAAUUUACCAACGACAUCAUGAAAAAAAUCUUACUAUUCCGAUCAAAUAUGGCACCCGAACUGUUGAAACGGAAGAUAAUGGGCUUCGAACCUACGAUAUCGAACCAGUCGAGGGCCAGUACGACCCUUCAGCACUCGAUAUGUUUAGUAGUGUUAGUAAUAACCUUUUUGGGGAGAUCAUAGAUCGAGUCAAGCAAGGGCCAAGAUUUGGUCUGUUUCCAUUUCGAACAUUAAGACACUCGAAGCGAUCUCAGCGAAAUUCAAAACGAAAAGAGCGUCAAGUUAGAGAUAAAACAUGA